AGAGCAGCUUGCGGGACUUUGAUUGGCUCAGUGACUGCUGACUGCUUAUUGGCUGCAAUAGGUUGUCACGGCGACCGAGGGGAGGAAAAAAGGAGAAGGGUGUUGGGCCUGGCGGGAGUGUUGAGGGUUGUGGGCGGCUGGACUGCUCUCCUGGGCGGUGUCCCGGGAGCUGCUGGCCGAGUCUUCCUGGGUUUGCGCCACCCUCUGGGAGGUGUGCGAGUGCGUGGGGUUCACUAGCGAGACCCUUUGGCCGACACCAUGGGCUGCUGCUUCUCUAAGAGACAGAAGAGUGAGAAGGAGUCGAGGGCUGAGGGAGAGGAGGAGCAGCCCAAGCUGUACAGCUGGGACCAGCGGGAGAAGGUUGAUCCAAAAGAUUACACGUUCAGUGGACUGAAGGAUGAAACAGUAGGUCGAUUACCUGGUAAAGUGGCAGGACAACAAUUUGUCAUUCAAGACUGUGAGAACUGUAACAUCUAUAUUUUUGAUCACUCAGCUACCAUCACCAUUGAUGACUGCACCAACUGCAUACUUUUUUUGGGACCAGUGAAAGGCAGUGUGUUUUUUCGAAAUUGUAGAGAUUGCAAGUGUACAUUAGCUUGCCAACAGUUUCGUGUGAGGGACUGUAGAAAGCUGGAAGUCUUUCUGUGCUGUGCCACUCAACCUAUUAUUGAAUCUUCCACAAAUAUCAAGUUUGGCUGUUUUCAGUGGUACUACCCUGAAUUAGCAGCCCAAUUCAAAGAUGCAGGGCUCAGUAUCUUCAAUAACAUAUGGAGUCACGUUCAUGAUUUUACACCUGUAUCAGGAGAGCUCAACUGGAGCCUUCUUCCAGAAAAUGCUGUGGUUCAAGACUAUGUUCCUAUUCCAGCUACUGAAGAAUUCAAAGCUGUACGAAUUUCCACAGAAGCCAAUAGAAGCAUUGUUCCCAUAUCCAAGGGUCAGAGACAGAAGAGCAGUGAUGAGUCAUGCCUAGUGGUAUUAUUUGCUGAUGAUUAUACAACUGCAAAUGCCAGGAAACUAAUUGAUGAGAUGGUUGGGAAAGGGUUUUGCCUGGUGCAAACAAAGGAAGUGUCAAUGAAAGCCGAAGAUGCCCAAAGGGUUUUCCGAGAAAAGGCAUCUGACUUUUUUCUUCUUCUGAACAAAGGUCCAGUGAUUGCCUUGGAAUUUAAUGGAGAUGGUGCUGUAGAAGGAUGUCACCUUAUUGUAAAUGAGAUAUUCAAUGGGACAAAGAUGUUUGUAUCAGAAAAGAAGGAGACAGCAUCUGGUGAUGUUGACAGCUUCUAUAAUUUUGCUGAGAUACAGAUGGGGAUUUGAAGCGGAUUGUGGUAUUAAGUCCUUUCCAACCUUUAUAUAUAGAGUUUGAUAAUAUACUUAUGUAUAUUACUCUAAAGCCAUUAGUAAUUUUUACUAAUGCUAAAAUUGUUAAAGCCUUUUUUUUUUAAAGUAUCUUUGAAUACCAUAUCAUUUACUUGAGGAUCUAAAAUAGUUCAUUUAAAUUAAGUAGUUUUAAUUAUUUUAUAAAUUAUUUAACCUCCUUCAAUAAGUUUUCAGUCUUAUUUCUUUCAUAUAAUAGAAAACAGAAGUAACGGCGUAGUGGUGGCGCACACUUUAAACCCCAGCACGCGGGAGGCAGAGGCAGG